UGAGAACCCAUGGCAGUUGGGUCGUUCGUCGUUUUUUUUUUUGUCCAUUGUCGAAUUGUAGUUUCUAGCAUACUUUUUGUUUGCUGAAUCAACAUAUACAGCCUUAUUGUUGGUGCUAUGAGGCAUCAUGGUUCUACUGCGUUCUAAUCAACGUCAUAAUAGCGUGAGCUUAGGGCGCAGUGCGUCAUUGGGGAGUUUACAGGAUGGGCGGAACUGGAAAUUAGAAAAGGUUGAUGUUCCCAAGCCACCAUCCAUUUCCACCGCCAAUGUCACUACCACGAGGAACCGCAGACUUUCCAAUCCGCCUAGCCCACAUCCAUCCGACUACCAAUUUAACCCUGAACUUGACGACUAUGAUGAUGAUCUUAUGGAGGACUCGGAUUCAUCAGAUGAGCGAGAGAAUGCGCAUGCAAGCGACCCUCCAGUACGACGUAGACUAUCGGCUGUAGCCAUACCUAUAACGAGGUCACCGACGUCAACGUCGUCGACUUCGUCGAAUUCUAGCAUGUCUCAUAUGACUUGGCGUCAAAAGAUUCAGCAUAUAUUGCAUGAUCGAAAGCAUUCGUUGAUUGGACGGACGUUGAGAAGGAUCUUUACUGGUGCGCUGCUGAUUUCGGUGGUGACCAUGUGUUUGGGGACUGUGGAUGCGAUUUUGAAAGAUACGACAGCUAUUCGAGCAGUGUAUGGGGUUGAAGCUGCCUGUCUGGUUGUGGUAUGUUGA